UGCGGGCUUGCACUCCUGACCUGCCUUAGAUAAGGAGCUAUUCCUUGCUAACGCCUCUUGGGCUUUCUUAUCACAUCAAAGCUUUUAUUCCCUCCUCACCUCCCACCUUCUGUUGGUUUGAGGUUGGUGGAACGUUUUUAUAGAAGAAAAAUAUUCAUGUGUGUUUUUAACACCAGAGCUAACGUACAAUGGGUUCUGACUAUCCUCCCAGUCUCCGAUGUGGUCUCCCUGGGCUCAUACUCUUUUUGGAAACUGCCUUUAUCCUCAUAUUUUGGUUUUGCUUUUCAAAGGAAAGUCAAAGCACAUCAGAAGACCUUGAAAUCUAUCCUGCAUUUCAAGAUGUCAACGUCCUGGUGAUUUUUGGAUUUGGCUUCCUCCUGGCUUCCUUCAAAAGAUAUGGAUUUAGCAGCAUUGGAUUCAACCUGCUAAUUGCCACACUUGGAGUUCAGUGGGCUGUGCUCGUGGAAGGAUUUUUGUUUGCUUCCUCAGCAGGAAAAGUGAAAAUCGGCCUGCACAGUGUAUUAAAGGCCACUAUAAGUGUAACUGCUGUUCUAAUCUCAGCUGGAGCUCUUCUGGGCAAGGCUAACCCUAUUCAGUUGAUUUGGAUGGCGAUGGUGGAGGUGGCAGCUUUCAGUACGAGCAGAUGGAUCAAUGUCAGAUUCCUGAAGAUUGAGGAACACACAAGCUUGAUGCACGUUCACAUAUUUGGAACCUACUUUGGCUUGGCAGUCUCCUGGUGGCUGUACCAUUCUUCACUGAGUAAAAGGAUUGAAAAGGAAACAUCUAAUCCGAUAUCUGAUUUGUUUUCAAUGCUGGGCACGCUCUUUCUGUGGAUGUUCUGGCCAAGCUUCAACUCUGUGCUAAUCGUGGAUGUGAUGGAAAAGAGGAACGCCAUCUGCAACACUUACUAUGCCAUCGCUGUGAGUGCUGUGGCUGCUUUUGCACUGUCAUCCUUGAGCAGCAGGAAUGGAAAAAUCAGGAUGAUCCACAUCCACCAUGCAGCACUAGCAGGAGGGGUUGCUCUUGGUUUCUCAGCUCCCGUUAUUCCACAUCCUUGGAUUGCCAUGAUUUUGGGUCUGCUUGCCAGCAUGGUCGCUGUACUGGGAUCUCACUGUUUACAGACAUAUUUGAAUUCGGUGCUCAAGAUUCAUGACACCUGUGGCGUCCAUUACACGUUUGGGUUGCCUGGAUUGCUUGGAGCGAUAGUCAAUGUCAUUCUCUUCAUAAUAAUCAAGUGGGCCAGUUUAUCAACACUGGGUUAUCUAGCCUUGAUUGAAGUUGGCUCUUUCAUGUUGACCACUGCUAUAGGUUUGGGAACAGGUUUCAUUACAGGUUUCAUUUUAACUUUCAAACGAUGGAAGACACUGCCUGCAUCAAAGUACUUUGAUGACCAAGCUUAUUGGGAGUUUCCCCAUUUGGCUUAUGGAUUUUGAACAGAGGGACCGGACCCAAAUUACAGAAGAUUAGACCAAGAUGAGGAAAACAUUUCCUAUCCUCUGCUACAGAAAAUUAAUUGGGAGGGAGAAGAAAAGGUUAAAUAUGACUCCUGAAUUUCAGAAUGUAGAAACAUCAUUGCAAUGGGCUGCUUUCAAUUCUUAUUAAAUGAUACAGUAUGCAAAGUCACAGAUAA